AUGGGUGACAUUGACUAUCGCAAAGAGUACUUGCCUGGAUAUACAGGGCAUGUUCCAAAGAAAAAUGAUAUAUUUGGAUGCACCACUGGUGACAUAAACCGCAUUAUUACUAAAUAGGCCUACAAACCUUCUAAUUAUGACAUUGAUGUUGCAGCUCAACAGGGAGCUAAGCUUCCAUUUGCUUAAAGAACAUUUUAUUCAAGACCACCUGAAUAAGAUAAAUAGACCUAGUAACUUCAAUUCGGAAAUGUCUCAAAAUAUGGAACCAAUUGGAUAGGAGGUCCAACUCAAAAUAUAAAAGCUUAACAUAUUCCAGGCUAUAAGGGAUAUAUUCCAAGUAUUAAAGCAGAAAAUAUUUUUGGAAAAUCAUAUGCAAGAUCAACUUCUCAAGCCAUCAACAAGGAAUAUAUUUAGGGUGUUGACCUUCCAGUAGUCGAGAGAUUCAAGAGUUAGAACACAAAUGAGUUCAAUAAAGAUAACUUUAGAAGAUUUAUGACUAGCACCUAGACUCCAGCCGAUAUGAAAGACUUGAAAGAUGCUUCUACAUUCAAUGAUGCAGCGUAAUAUUAUUUCUGUUUAAUUUUAAUUUAUAGAUUCUAAGGAAUAUAAAUUGAAAGAAAAAACGUUUAUUUAGAAAUUCCUACUGUGGGUUACGCAGGAUAUAAAUCAAUCUAUCGUCCCAUUACUGUGACAACUGAUCAUAGAAAAGAUCCCUUCUUUAAUCUCAAUCCAUUGAGACAUAGAUUAAAGGAUGUUAAUGUACAAAAUACAUAGGAGUUCUAGAGUUUAUCAAACGGCUUCUAAAGAGCAGUGGCUUUCUCACCCAAAGCUUCCUCAAACGGUGGAGACCCUUUUAAUCAAGAUUUGAAAGUGCCAGUUACUGGCUAUACUGGCCACAGAAUGGGCUAUAGAUCUCAGAAUUUCUUCGGAAAAAAUUAGAGAGACUGCUCAAUAUAGAGCAAAUUUAUUCAGAAAAUGACCUAAUGA